UAUUCCUAAAUUAUUGCGUAUAAUGAAAAUUUUGUCAUCCAUAAUAUUUCUUUUUAUUUUGUUCAUAUCGUUGAUUGUUCUUGCUUCUAAUGACGACGCAUUUAAUGCAAUGCAGAGCCUUUAUUGUGAUCUUGGAUUAAAACAUGAAAAUUCAUGUCCCAUUGAUGGUAGCUGGACUUGGAGCUCUUGGGGUCUUUGUUCUGGAAAAUGUGGAUUUAAAGGUAGAAGGAGGAGGCAUCGUACUUGUGACAAUCCUGCACCUUCCAAUAAUGGAGCUUUUUGCAUUGGUCCUAGUUAUCAAAUUGAAAGUUGUCAGAUUACUGGAUGUACAAUGACUGAUUAUGAGAAGAUUGUAAACGUUCAUCCCACACGUAAAGGAGAACUGAAGAUUGUGCAGGAAUUUCACAAGAAAUUACCAGCUUUGAUAGAAUUAUGUUUCCUUGUAGAUUGUACAUUUCCCAAUAUCGAGAAGAUUCUUGGAAACAAUACAAUGCUCUAUUGGAAUGCUAUGAAUUGUGUUAAAUAUGAUGUUGGAUGUCCAAGCAUUGGUGGUUGGAGUGCUUGGGGAAUGUGGUCAUCAUGUACUGCAACUUGUGGCAAAGGUCAAAAAUAUCGCACAAGGAUUUGCAAUAGUCCAACACCUUCAAGUUCUAAAUUAACUUGUAGUGAUUUAGCAUUUGAAACGAAAAGCUGUGUAGGAUUUAAUUGCAAAAAGUUCUCAACAGGUACUUGGACUAAUUGGAACAAAUGGAGCACAUGUAGUGUAGAGUGUGGUAGUGGAGUUCAAAUAAGAAAACGUACCUGUUUAGAAGUACAAAAUUUACAACAAACUUCAUGUAAAGGUUCAUCCCAAGAUAUAAAGAGCUGUGUAAUUAAUAAUUGUUCUAUAAAUGGAAUGUGGUCAUCAUGGACAGUUUGGUCGCCUUGUAGUUCAAGUUGUGGCAUUGGUACACAGUUAAGAAAUCGAAUGUGUAACAAUCCUUCUCGAAGUGGUAAUGGUACAUCUUGUAUUGGCUCAGCUUCUGAAUUUCGUCAAUGUUUCACUAAACCAUGUAUAGUUAAAUCACACGAAGUAGCACAUUUUACAGAAAAAAGUAGUCUCCUUUAUGAUACAAGUGGAAAAUCUUCACAUUUGCUUCAUGUAUAUUUAAGAUUUUUACCAUCAUCUCCUUUUGGUAUGAUCAUUUAUCGUUUUGAAAAAGAUUGUAAUGGAUUGAUGGGUGAUUUUAUAAAAUUGUUUCUCCAAAAUGGAAAGAUAGUGCUUUUAUCUCAAAUUGCUGGUUGUACUUUAGUUUUGAUUCAUGAGACCAAAUUAGAAAUAGAACAGUGGCAUAUAAUAUUAAUUGCAAUAUAUAGAACGCGUGGUAUACUACGUAUUGAUGAUGGUUUUCAUAAAAUUAGCUUUUUUUCAUGCAUUCCAAAGUCGUAUAAUCUGGAUCAUAUGAUGAAAGUAGGAGGAUUUCAAGGUCAAAUUCAAGAAUUAACAAUUAAUUUUACACCUGUUCAACUUCGUGUAUCAAAAGAUAAUUACAAUACAAAAUAUGCAAACCUUUUAUCCCAUAGUAAUAAUGUUCAAUAUUUGAUGGGAGAUGAUAAUGAAGAAAUUAUUCACAUUGGUGUAACAGAUUCAGUUACAGUAUCAUGUCCAGAAAGUAUAGAAUAUUGGCAAAUUAUAAUUGUUAUAAAAAUAGAGGAUGUAAAUGGAGUUGUGGCAAUAAUACCAGAUGAUUCGUUAAAUAAAUAUAUUUUAUUACUAUUAGAGGAGGGAAGAGUGAAGCUGAAAUUUUAUCAAGGAACAGCUUAUGCUGCGAUUGAAAGUGUAGAACAUAUUUUAAUAGGAGAAUGGUUUGAAGUAAUAUUGAUUUAUGAUAGCAAAAAUAUAUACAUGCAAAUUAAUGGAGGUGAAAAGAAAUAUAUACCUUCAAUUUUGAAAAAGAUAAUGAUUACAUCUGUAACUGAGAUCUUAGGAACUAUACGUGAUGAUAUCAGAGAAAAAAUAUGUUCCAAAUGUGUAGACAUUCCACAAAUGAGUUUUACUCUUGCAUAUUUAAAUAUAAAUGGAAAAGAAAUAGAUCUUAUAUCCUUACCAAUUCUAGAAAUAAGUAGCAAACGAUUUUCUAGUCGUAUUAUUAGUAUAUCUGACUAUUAUAAAGAAGUACCAUUACUUUUAGGUCAAGAACUUAAAUUAUCAUGUAUCUAUGAUACAACACCUCAUGAAAAACGAUACACAUUUUCUAAACAAACAUAUGUUUUGUGGUUGUUAAUGGAUAAAUUAUUACAAUCUUAUGAAAAUAAGUAAAUAUAUUAAAUUCAAAUAUUUAUUCUUUUUUUAUAUUGAUUUUAUAAUUUUUAAUUUUUUAUGAAGCAAUAAUUUUUUCAAUCUGAAGAAUAAUGGACGAGUUAGUACUAUUAGUAUUGCAACUCGUAAUACAAUAGAAAAUUUUUAUUCAUGUCACAUUUAUCAUUAUAGAAAUAAAUCCAACAAAGCUUUAGGUCAAGAUUUUUUUACAUUUGGUAUUACUGUAGUAGAUAAAAGUGAAGGUAAUACAAUUGAUGUUAAAUAGAGUAAUUUAUUUAAUUACAUUUAUAAAAAAAAUUUUAAUCCCUUAGAAUUUGAAAGUACGAUUUGGAAAGAAUGGAGUUUUAUCUGUGAAGUUAUAAUUGUGUGUUUUAUAGUCUUGAUAAUUUGAUGUUUAUUGGAAAUAUUCCAGGAUGCUCGAAAUGGGUAAUUUAUAACAAAAUCAAUGUUAUUUCAUCAAGCUAAAAAUUAGAAUUGAAAUAAAAUAAGUAUGUUACUUUUUAGCAAUGGUUUUUAUAGACUUCCACAAAUGUUAAAUACUAAUGCCACAUCUACUAUAAACUUUGUUUUAUCUAAAAAAGGUGUAACACUACUUGGCAGUGAACAAGCUGCAAAUGAAGUUGUAUCAAGAAUUUUAGAUGAUAAUUGAAUUUUUCAACUAAACAAAAGGCAAAAAGUAUUUCUUAAUAUUUCUUAGUAUUCUAUUCUGAUAAUUAUGGAAUUCAAAAGCACUAGGCAGUGAAUUAAUAAAAUUCCUGUAUUUUUUUAAUGUAGUUACAAAAUAGAUUUACAUAAAUUUCUAAUUGUAACGUUAAAUAUGACUACUUUUAACAAUA